AUGGAUCCGCGAGCAGCGUUCGAGAAAUUUGCAGAUGGGAAGCCCUGUCUGGACAUUGAUGAUCUCAGUUGUGCCGUCUUGGCCGUAUUUGGUGUCAAGUUUAAAAAGCAGGAUCUCCGUGAUCUCAUGUCCCAGUACCGCAGGCAGGAAGGGCAAGGCAUUGUGCUGGAGGCCUUCCUCGCCUUAGUGGAUGAACGAAGGCGGGUCUUUGGCGAACGCGACUUUGCACUGCGCUUGUUCUCAGCUUUGGAUGUACGUGAGCAUGGCUUCCUGGACCUACGAUGUUUUCAUGAAGUGUGUCAGGAUGUCUGCCGUCCAACCGCAGCCCGUGCGACAGAGAUCUUCCACGACAUGGACCGUUCAAAGUCCGGUGUGGUGACGUUCUCUGACUUCGAGGCGUACCUGGCUGGCGAUGGAAAGUAG